GGUAGUCAGUAGCUGUGACGUCAAAUUCACGCGUCGGUGUUGUCGCCGCACAGCAGCGUUUGCGGGUCGCAUCAUGGUGGCGUUUCCGAGUUCCCUGACGGAGGAAGAAGAGGCCCUGCAAAAGAAAUAUGCUAGACUGAAGAAAAAGAAAAAGGCGCUGCUCGCCUUGAAGAAGCAAAGUUCCACCAACCAGACGAACCAGAGUGGCUUGAAACGAACAUUGUCAGACCAGCCCGUCGUUGAUACUGCAACAGCGACAGAACAAGCAAAGAUGCUCAUCAAGUCGGGAGCCAUCAGCGCCAUCAAAUCAGAGAACAAGAACUCGGGCUUUAAACGCUCUCGAAUGCUGGAGAUUAAACUCAAGGACCCUGAGAAAGGCCAAGUUCCAGCUUUCUUACCAUUCCAGAGGAGUUUCUCUGCGGAUGAAGAGCAACCUGAGGCUGGGAAGAGAUCCCACAGGAAAUCUCUGUACGAGAGCUUUGUCAGUUCAAAAGACCGAUACCGGGAGGAAGAAGAGGGAGGCGGCAGUUCAGCCAGCCGCGAUGUGGACAGAGAUAGAGACAGAGACAGAGAUAGAGACAGAGAGAGAGACAGAGAGAGAGAGCGUGACCGCGACCGCGAAAGAGAACCGGACAGAGAGCGAGACAAAGACAAAGAGAAAGAGAAAACGAAAGACAAAGACAAAGACAAAGAGAAAGACAAAGAGAAAGACAAAGAGAAGGACAAAGAGAAGGACAAAGAGAAAGAGAUAGACAUAGACAAAGAAAAAGAAGAAGAAAAAGACAAAGACAAAGUCUUAGACCAGGACAGGGACAAGGAGAGGGUGAGGGAGAGGGAGAGGGACAAGGAGAGGGAGAGGGACAAGGAGAGGGAUAGGGAGAGGGACAAGGAGAGGGAGAGGGAUAGGGAUAGGGAGAGGGAUGGAGACAGAGAUGGAGACAGGGACAGAGAUCGGGAACGAGAAAGAGACAGAAGCAGAGACAGGGAUCGAGAGCGAGAUAGGGACCGGGAGAGAGAGAGAGAUGGACCAUUUAGACGGUCAGACUCGUACCCAGAGCGGAGAGGAGUGCGAAAGGGGAACACGGUGUAUGUUUACGGCUCUGGGCUCGUCGAGGACAGCCUGCGCUCUGCCUUCUCUCAACACGGAAACAUCAUCGACCUCUCCAUGGACAACCCACGCAAUUGUGCAUUUAUCACAUUUGAGAAGAUGGAGUCUGCAGACCAGGCUGUAGCAGAGUUGAACGGCAGCACGGUGGGAGACGUUCACAUCAAAGUCAGCAUCGCCAGGAAGCAGCCCAUGCUGGACGCUGCCACCGGCAAAUCAGUGUGGGCUUCGCUGGCUGUGCAGAACAGCACUAAAGGCUCCUACAGGGACAAGAGGAACCAAGUCGUGUACAGUGAGGAUUUCCUCUGAUGAAGAAGAAGAAAAGAUUUGUUUUUGUAUUUUGGCACGUUUGUUUUAACGAACUGUUUCUGAGUUGUUUAUGGUGCUAGUUGUCGGGUAAAUACAAAUCUUCUGUAGCCUGUUGGAUAAUAGACAAGUGUAUUUCACAUGAUCUGUAUGUGAUGCGGUUUGUGACAGCUUUGCUCUUAAAACCCAAGAUAUUGAUAUGGAGCAUAAUAAAUAGUAUCCAUACACUGUUA